AUGUUCGACCAAUCGUCUGUGAAGGACCAACCGGGCCCUGUUCCUUCUCCCGACCCUCGUCCGACCACUUCUCACCUCAUCCGGUCACAUGCCGCCCACGUCUACGACAAGCUCACGACCAAGCACGGCUGGGUCGGUGAGUACGACUAUGCCUGGCUCUGCACCCCGACCCUCCCCUUCUCCGUCUCCCGGCGCGGCGCAAAGGGCAAGCAGCGCAAACGCUCCCCCCCGUUCUACGCCCUCGACUCCGAGCUGCCCAUCUUGCUCUCGUUCACCAGCGGCCUCCAACAUGCCCUCGCCAUGCUCGCCGGUCUCAUCACGCCUCCCAUCAUCUUCGCCAGUUCGCUCAACCUCGACAGCUCGUUUUCGGCCUACAUGAUCUCCGCAUCUCUCAUCGGGUCUGGCAUCCUCAGCUUGGUGCAGAUGUCGCGCAUCAGGCUCUUCAGGAAUUACUAUCUCGGCACCGGCCUUCUCUCUGUGGUGGGGACGAGUUUCGCUACUCUCAGCACUGCGAGUGCCAUCUUUGAUGCCAUGUAUGCCGACGGCACCUGCCCCUCCACCACUGCGCCAGACGGGACGGUCACCAAGGGCGCAUGUCCCGACGCGUACGGCAUGGUCCUCGGCACCUCCCUCGUUUGCUCCUUCCUCGAGAUCUUCAUGUCCUUCGUCCCCAUCCGCAUCCUGAAGCGCGUCUUCCCGCCCAUGGUCACAGGCACCGUCAUUCUCAUGAUCGGCGCAUCCCUGGUCGGUUCGUCCGGGAUAUCGGACUGGGGAGGCGGAUCCAACUGCCAGGCCCGCCCGGCAUCGGGUCUCUACCAGAUGUGUCCCGACAUCACCGCCCCCAAGCCCGCUCUCUGGGGCUCCCCUGAGAUGAUCGGCCUCGGCUUCCUGUCCUUCGUCAGCAUCAUCCUUACGGAACUGUUCGGCUCUCCGUUCCUCAAGAACGUCUCGAUCAUCGUCGGCUUGGCGGUGGGGUGCAUUGUGUCCGGCGCAGCAGGAUACAUGGACGGGAGCACCAUCACUUCUGCGCCUGCGAUCACGUUCUUGUGGGUACACACGUUCAAGAUCAGAGUCUACCCGCCUGCGAUCUUGCCUAUGCUUGCUGUAUACAUCUCAGUUGCCAUGGAAGCGAUCGGGGAUAUCACUGCGUCCGCAGAGGUCUCUCGUGUGGCUGUCGAUGGCGAGGAGUUCGAUACCCGUAUUCAGGGCGGAGUCCUGAGUGACGGCGUGGGCGGAUUCAUGUCAGCGCUCUUCACGGUUGCCCCCCUCUCGCUUUUCGCACAGGCAAGUCGGACAAACAACGGCGUCAUAGCGGUCACCCGGUGUGCCAACCGCACUGCUGGGCGGUUCUGCUGCUUCUUCCUCAUCCUUUUUGGCGUCCUGGGCAAGAUUUCGGGCGUCUUCCUCGCGAUUCCGAACCCCGUUCUUGGCGGAGUAACCACGUUCCUCUUCGCGAGCGUCGCUGUCUCCGGCGUCAGGGUGCUCUCGUAUGUUCGCUUUACACGACGAGACCGGUUCAUUCUCGCGGCUGCGCUGUCCUUCGGCCUUGGCGACCUGCUCGUCCCUGAUAUCUUCACGUACCUUUUCGAUGGCGUCAAGAAUGCAAACAACGGUCUGCAAGGCCUUUUCAGCUCGAUCACAAUCAUCCUGAGCACACCAUUCUUAGUAUCUGGCAUCGUCGCGCUGGUGCUGAACCUGAUCCUGCCCGACGAAGACGCGCCGGACGGUGAUGAUGACGACGAGGUUCAAGUGAUUGAUAUAGAGGCGGAUUCAGGCAUUCAGGAAAAGAGCUAA